UUCUUUUCUCCCGUAUUAGCGGAUCUCACACUUCACAAUGGGUACAACAAAGAUGCUGCUCACGGCGCUCUGUCUAUCUGUAAUGAUCUGUGCCUGUGCUUCACGAAGAUGGAACGGACCAAGACCUAAGCCUAGCACCCGCUUUACAGAAGCUUGUGCAAUUUUCGACAACGUGAAGAUACGCGAAAAAGCCACCAGGUGCAACAAAAAUGUUCUGGAUAAAGUUGCCGAUUUGGACGAGAAGGUCAAUAUUUUCCCUUACCAAUACAUGCGACGCCUCUACAGAUGGGCCCGAAACGGAAUGCUGUGCUACGCCCAGACUGGUCAAGCCAUCGAAGUGUCAGGACCCUGUGAGGCAAUGGAACUGUCGUGCAGUAGCCGUGACCCAAAACCAGUCGACCACUGCUGGAGGGUGACUGGUGCAGCCAAACCACCUGGCCGCCCCCAGGUUCCUCAGAAUCCUCAGGCUCCUCCACCGAACCCCCCGGGCCAUCUGUAAAUCUGUGACGCCUUCUACUCGACAAACGUCUCCCUUUCUUAGAAACACGAGAUGUCACAUCGAUUGUGUAGGCGCCAAUAAUUCAAUGCAAUGUAUCUAUAAAAAUAAAAAAAUCUCAAUUGUGUGCGAUGUUGAAUUGAAAAGAUCAUGUUUGUAAAUAAAUAGUGAAAUGUUAAAUACAGUUUAUCUUUGUGUGAA